AGACAAGCUGCUGUUUAUAUUUAUGUGUAAAUUAUGAAAAGUUAGAUUGUGAAUUUUGAAUUUUGAAGAUUUAACAUCCAGGAUGUUUACCAUCGAAAAUUGUUAUGAAUGUAAACUGGGAAAGCCUGUCUAACUCAUCUUUGUUUGGGCUCUUUAGACAAAGGCUAUGCUAUGGUAGAACAGUUGUCAUUUGUGUAAGAUUUCGGUGAUAGGCAUUUGCUUAAAUAUAAUGUCGUCAUUUUAACUUUUUUGUAGGUUGGAGUAGUAGAUGAACCUGAUAGAACAGUUUUAACCCAAGCUUGGAAGUCAUGGAUGGAAGAAUACAUACAAGCCACCGGAAAAGUCCCACCAGGCAAUGAAUCAGGGAACAACACUUGGGUUCGGCAGCCUCCUAAGAAAAAACCUGAUCUCCGUCUCACUCCUGGUCGUCAUGUCCAGCUGACAGUUCCACUUGAUGAGCUCAUCGAUAAGUUGGUAAAGGAGAACAAGGUGGUGGCCUUUAUAAAGGGAUCAAGAAGUGCACCAAUGUGUGGAUUCUCGCAGAGAGUGGUUGGCAUUCUUGAAAGUGAAGAGGUGGAUUUUGAAAGUGUGGAUGUCCUUGAUGAAGAGUAUAAUUAUGGAUUGAGGGAGACACUAAAGAAGUAUAGUAACUGGCCAACAUUCCCACAAAUUUUCUUGAAUGGAGAAUUGGUUGGAGGGUGUGAUAUCCUCUCCUCCAUGCAUGAGAAGGGUGAGAUUGCAGGAUUGUUCAAAAAGUAAGUAGAUUUUUGAAUUUAUGUAUUUGAGAGAGUAUUGUAAUAGAGUACAAAAUGAGAUCACAAGACUAUUUACGUGGGAAGAGAGUUGAUUGUCUAGGCGGUGGAUGUUUUGUGUACAAUAUACAAACUUGAUCCAUUCGAGAACGAAGGAACCAUUGAUUCCUAUUUAGUAUUGAGCGUCAUCCCUCUGUGUAAAACAAUUUGUUGAAUCACUUA